AUGUCAGAUAGCAGCGAACUCAAGGGGCGCGAUGCGCCUCUGAACCAUACCGUCGUCCACGAUGAGACCGUGCAUUCCGCUGCAGAGCAUGGUCAUGUGGCCACUGACAGCCUCGGCCGCUCUCUGUUGACCUUCGAUAAAGCUGCAGAGUCGCGACUCCGGCUGAAGAUUGACCUAUACAUCAUUCCUACCGUUGCCAUACUGUAUCUGUUCUGCUUCAUCGAUCGAGCGAAUAUUGGCAAUGCUAGACUCGCUGGGUUCGAGAAGGACCUCAAGUUGGUCGGAUAUGACUACAAUACAGUUCUCAGUGUCUUCUAUAUCAGCUACAUUGUGUUCGAGAUCCCUUCGAACAUGGCUUGUAAGCUCAUUGGACCUGGAUGGUUCAUUCCGGCUAUCUCUCUUGGUUUCGGCGUCAUGACGGUGGCUUUCGCAUUCGUUCGGACAUUCUCAGCAGCUUGCGGAGUUCGCUUCCUCUUGGGGCUUUUCGAGGCAGGUAUGCUACCUGGUAUUGCAUAUUACAUGAGUCGAUGGUAUAGGCGAAGUGAGCUAGCCUUUCGACUAGCUAUGUACAUCGUCAUGGCGCCGCUAGCAGGAGCUUUCGGUGGCCUUUUGGCAUCGGCCAUCCUCAAACUCGACCACUUCGGCUCGACAAAAAGGUGGGAAAUGAUCUUCGCGAUCGAAGGCAUCGUGACGAUCUGCCUCUCGGUCAUCGCUUUCUUCACCUUGACGGAUCGGCCUGAGACAGCUCGAUGGCUCACAGCCGAAGAGAAGGAUCUUGCCAUCGCAAGGGUCAAGUCCGAGCGAGUUGGCCAGACGGAAGUCCUCGACAAGUUGAACACGUCUAAGACUCUGCGAGGAAUCUUCAGUCCUGUCACUCUUGCAACAUCCUUCAUCUUUCUGCUGGACAACAUCACAGUGCAAGGUCUCGCUUUCUUCGCGCCCACCAUCGUGCGGACGAUAUAUCCUAAGAGCAGCGUCGUCAGCCAGCAAUUGCACACAGUUCCGCCAUAUAUCGUCGGAGCAUUCUUUGUUGUCUUGUUCAACUUCCUGAGCUGGAGAAUGGACAAGCGAAACAUUUUCUUCAUCAUGAACGCGCCUCUAAUGAUGACUGGGUAUAUUAUGUUCCUGGCGAGCACGAAUCCCAACGUUCGCUACGGAGCAACGUUCCUUAUCGCAUCCGGAGCGUUCGCCUUUGGCGCAUUAUGCAACGCACAAGUAUCGGCGAACGUGGUUUCGGACACCGCCAGGUCAUCGGCGAUCGGAACGAACGUCAUGCUGGGAAACAUCGGCGGCUUGAUUUCGACCUGGUCGUUCUUGCCCACCGACGCGCCGAACUUUCAUAUCGGCAAUGGCUUGAAUCUAGCAACGAGCUCGGUGAUAUUGAUACUCUCGAUCUGUCUUGGUAUCUGGAUGACAGCAGACAAUCGGCGACGCGACAAGAAGAACAUCGAAGCCGAACUUGAGGGACUGAGUGAGAAGCAAAUUGAGGGUCUGGACUGGAAACAUCCGGCUUUCAGAUGGCGAGCUUAA